UCAUAAUCGCGAAGCGUGACAGGAAUGGUAGUUUCCGGGCUCGCCUGAAUAGCCGCAGAGACCGCCGGAAGCGAAGGUGCGGCAACGACAGGAAGCUCUGUGCACGCCGCCAUGGCCGUGGCUCGGGUCCCACUCUGGGCCAUCUGCAUGCUGCGGGUGACGCUGGCUACCGUUUAUUUCCAAGAAGAAUUUCUAGACGGAGAGCACUGGAGAAACCGAUGGGUGCAGUCCACCAAUGACUCCCGAUUUGGGCAUUUUAGAGUCUCGUCGGGGAAGUUUUAUGGUCAUAAAGAGAAAGAUAAAGGUCUGCAAACCACUCAAAAUGGCCGAUUCUAUGCCAUCUCUGCACGCUUCAAACCAUUCAGCAAUAAAGGGAAAACUCUGGUCAUUCAGUACACAGUAAAACAUGAGCAGAAGAUGGACUGUGGAGGAGGCUACAUUAAAGUCUUUCCUGCAGACAUUGACCAGAAGAACCUGAAUGAAAAAUCACAGUACUAUAUUAUGUUUGGUGAGUUUAGGUGGUACAAAUCUACCACUUCUGGUGACUUUGAAAACCCUCUCACUUCACAGGAUCUUUAGACUAGGCUUUGCUAACAUACUGAAGGUUAGUAGUAUUGAGUAUAUUGGAUCCAAGGUUUAUAGCACUGUUAAACCGAAUUAAUAUAAAAAGCAACUGUACCAGUCAGUUGUAUUCCUGAAAAGUUAUUUAUUCACCACAAGUGUAGCCUUCAUGCAGGCUAAGGAUUCCUUACCUGAAAUGUUUGGGACCAGUGUUUUGGAUUUUGGAAUUUUUGAGUAUUUGCAUUAUCCUUACUGGCUGAGCAUCGUUAAUCUGAAAAACCAGAAACCUGC